AUGACCCUGGAGCCCAUCCGGCAGCUGAUUCAGGAAACCAACCCAUCUGCUCCAGGAUCAGCAACUCGGGCAUGGAGAGAGGGAAAGCUGGCCGAAUUAACCAACGUUGGAAUCAGUAGCGCCCUCGUGGCCGGAGUUAUUGCAGCCGCCUUUAGCUGGAGCACGGAGACUGUCGGCAGCCUUUAUCCGGAGGUCAAAGGCAUUUGGUUCGGGGCCCUUAUUCUUGUUCUGACGGCAAUUAACUUGGCUACAAUGCAGAGCACCACGCUACAGCGACUUGGUUGUACCGAUAGCGGCAUUGAUAGGAUAUAUGAGUCAUUGGGGUUUCUGAAUGUACAACAGGUUCGGGAGCCCAAGAAGUUUCAAGUGCUUAUUUGGCAGAUGCCCUUGAUGCUGCUCAAUUUGAGUACGUCUUUGGUUGCCAUUGGUUUGCUUCUGCAGUUAUGGAAGUCCUUCAUACUCACUAGCCAAAGCCUAGAGGUGAGUUGA